AUGAGCGACAAUCCGUUUCUACUAGCCGAAAAGGCUCCCUCGCGGUCGUCCACCCCGUCCGUCAAGUAUUCCCAGGCAUCAGUUGAUGCCACGGUCCAAGAGCUCCAGACCGACAAGAAACUCGGCUUGUGCAACAACCUGGACGUGUUACAUCGGCGCCUGAUCAAUGGUGUCAAUGAGCUCAGCUCCGAUGACGAGGAGUCCUUGUUCAAAAAGUUCAUCUCGUGCUUCUACCUGGAUCCUUUGAUUUUGCUUUUGAUUGGGUCGGCGGUGAUCAGUUUCUGGAUGGGUAACGUGGAUGAUGCCGUGUCCAUCACAUUGGCCAUCACCAUCGUGGUUACGGUGGGCUUUGUCCAGGAGUACCGCUCCGAGAAGAGUCUUGAGGCUUUGAACAAAUUGGUGCCUGCUGUUGCUAAACUUACACGUAAUGGAAACACUUCCACGGUUUUGGCUUCUGCAUUGGUGCCGGGAGACUUGGUGCACUUCACCCAGGGUGACAGAAUCCCUGCUGACGUACGCUUGACUGAAUCUGUACACUUAUCUAUCGAUGAGUCCAACUUGACUGGUGAAAACGCUCCUGUUCGUAAGCAGGUGGGUGAGAUCCAAUACAAUUCGCUGAAGGACGUUCCUAUUACAGAAAGAACUUCCAUCGCGUUCAUGGGUACUUUGGUGCGCGAUGGCCAUGGUUCGGGUAUCGUGGUGGCCACUGGUGCUCAAACGGAGUUUGGAGUUGUUUUUGAAAUGAUGUCGGAGAUCGAGAAGCCCAAGACUCCAUUGCAGCAGGCCAUGGACAAGUUGGGUAAGGAUCUCUCCAUGUUCAGUUUCAUUGUCAUUGGUAUCAUCUGCCUUUUGGGCAUAAUCCAAGGUCGUGGAUGGUUGGACAUGUUUCAGAUCUCGGUUUCUUUGGCUGUAGCUGCUAUCCCCGAAGGAUUGCCCAUCAUUGUCACCGUCACUUUGGCCCUUGGUGUGUUGCGUAUGGCCAAGCGUAAGGCCAUUGUCAGAAGACUUCCCAGUGUGGAAACCUUGGGAAGUGUUAAUGUCAUUUGCUCCGACAAGACAGGAACCUUGACUCAGAACCAUAUGACCGUCACCAAGAUGUGGGCCACUGACUUCCACGGCUCCGGCUCAUCUGCCAGCCCUUUCUUGCUCGUAGAGAAGUUAGAUGACAACACUUUGGCACAUGCCCUUACUCCAAACAUCCAGAAGAUUUUGGAGACGGGUAACCUCUGUAACAACGCUCGUUACUCUCAGGAGAGUGAAAAAUUUGUGGGAAAUCCUUCUGAUAUCGCCCUUGUGGAGAGCUUGCCUCACUUCGGACUUGAUGAUAUUCGUGGAACUAAAGAACGAUUUGCAGAAUUGCCCUUCUCAUCUGUUAGAAAGAUCAUGGCUGUUUCUGUGCAUACUGGCGAUAUUAACAAGUCUGAAACUCACGUUAAGGGUGCUACUGAGGCCGUUUUGAAAUUUUCCACAAAAUAUUUAGACGAAUCUGGAAACGCAAAACCUUUGACCGAUGACUUCAGGGAGCUUAUCCAUCAAAAGUCUAUCGCGUUGGCUUCUGAGGGUUUGAGAGUUCUUGGUUUUGCUAGAGGUACCAACAAACUUGCAGCUCACGAGAACGGUGAUCCUGGACUUCCUACUGACUUGACUUUCUGUGGCUUGGUCGGUAUGAAGGAUCCUCCUCGCCCUCACGUUGCUCAGUCAAUUGCAAUGUUGAUGAAGGGUGGUGUCCAUGUGAUCAUGGUAACUGGUGAUUCGCCAACUACUGCUGCUAACAUUGCAAAGCAAAUCGGUAUCCCUGUUGCCAGCAAUGAUGCCAUCAUGACCGGAGACCAAUUGGACAGACUUUCCGAGGAAAGUUUGAGUCAUGCAAUUCAUAAUGUCUCCAUCUUUGCGAGAACUACCCCGGAGCAUAAGGUUACCAUCGUUAAGGCUUUCCAAAGAAGAGGUGAUAUUGUUGCCAUGACUGGUGAUGGUGUCAAUGAUGCUCCAGCUUUGAAAUUGGCCGACAUUGGCAUUGCUAUGGGUAAGAACGGUACAGAUGUGGCUAAGGAGGCUGCUGAUAUGGUCUUAACUGACGAUGAUUUCUCAACUAUCUUGAGUGCUAUCGAAGAAGGAAAGGGUAUUUUCUUCAACAUCCAGAACUUUAUCACAUUCCAGUUAUCUACAUCUAUUGCCGCAUUGACUUUGAUCGCUUUGUCUACAUUCUUUGGAUUUGAGAAUCCAUUGAACGCCAUGCAGAUCUUGUGGAUUAACAUCUUGAUGGAUGGUCCACCUGCGCAAUCUUUGGGAGUCGAACCUGUUGACCAUGAGGUGAUGAACAAGCCUCCUAGAAAGAGAAACGACAAGAUCUUGACGGAAAAGGUUAUCAAAAGAGUCUUACAAAGUGCAAUCAUGAUCAUCAUCGGUACAAUGUACAUUUUCGUUAAGGAGAUGAGAGACGGCCAGGUCACUGCAAGAGACACUACCAUGACAUUCACUUGUUUUGUUUUCUAUGACAUGUUUAAUGCAUUGGCUUGUCGUCACUACUCUAAAUCCGUGUUUGAGUUGGGUCUCACCAACAAGAUGUUCAAUUUCGCUGUCCUUGGUUCUCUAAUGGGCCAGCUAUGUGCCAUUUACGUUCCCUUCUUCCAGUCAGUGUUCCAGACCGAAGCAUUGUCGUUGGGCGACUUGGUGGGCUUGUUGCUUCUUACCAGUACAGUUUUCAUUGGAGAUGAAGUCCGCAAGUAUUUAAUGAGAAGGAACACUCCGUUUGCCAAUGGCUUCAACUACGGGGUUUAG